AUGCGGGAAAGCCGCCUGGGAAACAUUCUGCACAACGUCGUCAGCGGCGCAGGCGGCCUCGUCCACGCUGGGUGGCACGGCGUACAGCACGCGAUCAAUGCCAACAGCGGCUCGGACGAAGAAGGCUUCAUUAGAAAGGCAGGGCCGGCCCGCCUAAACUUGACGCCGGAGCGUCCGCCGCCGAUCGAGGAGGCGCCUGAAACGCUCGCGAACCAUGGAGACGCCGUUUCUCAAGACUGGCGCUGGCUGGCGCUGCGUUGCGAGCAGCGGCUCAACGCAGUUCUGCAACAGCGGACAACGAAAUCCGCCAAGCUGACAGACACCCUCGGUCCGUCUUUCGACAUCCGGCAGUUCGCCUGCUUCAUGCCACGCACAGUUCUGGAGGCCAUUGCGGACAGGCGCAUCCGUCACUCCGACGAUUUCGACAUCCAAAUUGAGCAGUUCACGGCCGCAGUUGUCUUCUGUGACGCCAGUGGUUUCACAGCUUUGACAGAAGCGCUGGAUACGAAGCCGAAUGGAGCUGAACGUUUGGGGAAUAUAAUCAACCAGUUCUUCGACAAAAUCAUCAAAAUUGUUCACUACUGGGGUGGAGAUGUGAUCAAAUUCAGUGGAGACGCCAUGACCAUCGUCUGGCCCGUCGAUGAUGAAUCACCGCAGCCGGACGCAGAUGGCUCUGAAAAAGAUGGAAAGGCUGCAAGGGAAGAGGAGACAGGAGACGACUUUUACAGAAUCGACAGUCAGGUGGCAUGUCAACUAGCUGUGCAAUGCUGCCUGACUCUUCACCAGACUCUGCAUGGCUACGUGACAGGCUGUGAUGACAAGGUCCUGACACUUCACAUAGGUGUCGGAUUUGGUCAAGUUCAUAUUCUCCAGGUCGGAGGAAUCAUGGAUCGUUGGGAAUACGUUGUGGCAGGCGCACCUCUAGAAGAGAUUUCUGUCGCGGAGCCUCUAGCGGGCUCUGGGGAGACAGUCGUUUCGCCUUCGGUGGCAUCCGCGUUAGCCGGAGCUGCAGACUUGGAGGAGGUCCCGAACUCGCCUCCUGGUCGAAUUUUCUACAAAGUAAAAGGACUGCAUGCAGCGGGGCCUGAGAAGGCGAAGAGCAUUGCGGUUGGGAUUUCCAGGUCGUCGACACGCGCACUGUGGGGCAGCGAAAAACCAAGGGAGCAAAUUGAAGAAGUGGAGACGCUGCCGGUUCAGCCCCCCCCGCCACUUGCUCCCAUCGAUGUAGAGUCCGACGACAUCGAUCUCCUCAGACGGUAUAUUCCACCGUCAGUGUUCCGCCGCCUCACAACGGGAUGCAACGUUUUUCUGAACGAACUGCGUGUCGUCUCUGUCGUCUUCAUUUGCGUUCGGGGCCUGGAUGUCUCCACGCGAACUGGCAGCCUCAUCGCCCACAAAUUAAUGAAAAUGACUCAGAAGGCCGCCUACACAAUGGAAGGAUCUGUCAACAAGUUUCUCGUCGAUGACAAAGGAGUUCUCCUUCUCGUCAUGUUCGGACUGCCUCCUGUCUACCAUUUGGAUGAUCCGAUAAGAGCGAUCAUGGCGGCGCUGCGCGUAAUCGACGGGAUGAAGGUUUUUGGUUUGGAUGCUGGCAUUGGCAUCACCAGUGGACGCGUCUGGUGUGGAACUGUUGGCAAUGAAAUUCGAAAGGAAUACACAGCUCUGGGUGACUAUGUGAAUCUUGCCGCACGGCUCAUGGCGAAGGCAGGGCCCCGAGAGAUCUUCGUCGAUGUGAACACAUUUCAGGCGGCCCGCCACGCACUCGAAUUUAAGCAGCUGCCGAGUAUGCACGUGAAGGGGAAGGAACAUCCCGUUCAAGUUUUUAUGCCUACGGGUGUGAUGAUCAACCAGAAAAAAGAUGCCGUUGAAGACCACCCCUUGCUGUCGUGGCCUCAGUGGAGCGGGAAGAAGCAACUGAGAGAAAUGAUGUUGCCGUCUGCUCCUUAUUUGGAGCAAACGUCUCUUCUUGGCAAGUCAAGCAAAUACAACGCGUUCCGCCCGCCGCUCGACUACCCAGUUCCGACGGGGCCUCUCUUCGCUCACGAAUGGUGCGAGCCGUUUUUGCCCGAGUUGCAGCCUUUUGCGGCAGUGGGAGGCGUGAUGGUGAUCAGGGGGAAAGAGGGUCUUGGCACCCACGAACUGGCGAAACUCCUCGGUCAGAUUGGGAGAAAGGACCUCAAGCGUCAAACGUUCUUCAUCAGCAACAUGCCUGACUCAGUGCAAAUGAACAUCGGAAACGUACCUCUGCUCGCGUGGAGAAAACUAUGUACAGAGAUGGUUGAGCGCUGGCGCGUCAGCGACAACCGAGAGAAGAAGGGAUACUCGAAGAUCGACAGAGAUAAUUCGGUCUACGGCCUCACGAAGGAACUGAUUCAUCCCUCCUUUCACUGGCGCCUGGAAGACAUGAAGCCUGUGAUUCAUGGCCUCGUGCUGCCCUACGAACUUCCGGAGAACCAAGUGAUGUUGAAGCAGCGUCUCAAGAAUCUCAAGAGCUACCAGCGGCGGCACGGCGGCAUGCGCCAUCCACUUAUUAUGUCACCGGCCAUCAAUCUCCUCUUGAAGCCUGCGGAGUGGGUCGGCGAUGCAGCUGCAGCAGCAGCCUCUGCUGCCCGCGUGAUCACUCCAGUCAACAACUGGAUGAGGAAACUCAGCUCUUCCCAAGACGACGAGGUGUCAGAUUCCGACGACUCUGACGACAGCGGCACCGGUCCCCCUCGACUGGGUCUGGCGAACGUUGCCCGAGGAAGUGGCGAGUCAAUCGCGCCGAUCAUUGCCUCUUUGGUCAACGGAUUCACGCUGUACGAAAGCUCGAUUAUCAUCCUGCAUGUUCGCACCGGGACGUCCGUGUUUGCUGAGAUGGACCGCGACAGCUGGAAGGUCGCGCGAAUGGUCGCACGCGUCUCCCUCGUCCGCCGCUCUCAUCGCCUUGAAAACGACAUGAAAGAUCUGAAGGAAUGGCGUCGUCUCCACUCCCGGAAAUGUUGGUGGUGCAAAGGCUACCGAACUCGCACUGUCGUCGACAGCUCUGGGAAGGAGCAUCUCGUUCAGCCGACGUCGUUGUGUCGGCCUCUCCCUUCGCAGUUCUACCAACCUCUUCUUUUCGUUCUCAUCUGCAGCGAGACGACGGACAAUGUCCCUGAACAGCAGCAGCUCGUCCAGAUGGCCCGCGACAACAACGCCCUAAUCGAAUUGAAGAAGCUCGGCCUUCAAGAGACUGCGGCGUACCUCAGUCACUGCCUCAGCAUUCGGAAGAGCGGACUCGACCCUGGUUUCGUCGAGUACGUCCAGCGCGCCUCUGCAGGUGUUCCAAAGUACGUGUAUCUGACAGCUAAGAAAUUGGUGACGGAGCAAGCAGUCGUGUUGACCCCUGAGGGCGGUGUGAAAAAAGAGGCGCGACUGUCUCCUCGGGCGCGAAGGGCUUCGGGGCGCCGACGUUCCUUAAGUGCCGCAGGCCCGGAGGAGGAUCGAGACGAAGGGGACGAAGGAGACAGAGAUGACGAGGACGAUGACAGUCAAGACGAAGAAGACGAACGACGUGAGGAUGAUGAAGUCGCAAGGUGUGUCUGUGAACUAAUUGAGAAAGUUAAACUCCAGAGAGAUGAGCUAGCGAAGGCCCAGGGUUCGGCGAACAGCCAGCGAGGUGAAACAGACGAAGGAAAGCUUCUCCCUGCUCCCAAUGACCGGUGGACACAUUCAGCGAUUUACGACAGACUGCCUCCAGAUGUGCGAGCGCCAGAUGCCGCAGCACUGGCUCUCGAUGCCCCGCCACUCUCAGCGUUUGACUUGGGCGCGAUGGAGGAGCAGAUGAUGCACCACGGGCAUCGGUAUGAUGGCUCUGCACUGGACUUGGGAGCUGGAGCCUCAGGGUCGGAGCUCUGUCCCUCCCAGCUCUACCUCGCCUCCAAGUAUCGAGAGCGUCUCCACGCUGGCCUGUCUCCAGAUCCAUCGCUUGGUGCGGGUCAAACGGACUCCGACGCUUCGGGUGUGAUGGACGCGAAGUCACGUGUGGGGCGGCAGUCUGGACCGGGUGGGGAGAGCGGCGAGGGCGGAUCCCUUCCGAGUCAGCGGGGCAGCUGGCCUCACCACGUCCACUUUGAUUCGGGGAAAGAGACGCACGCAGGGCAGGCAGGGGGCGGGGUCCGAAGGAAGAUGGGGGUGGCGGAACGUCAGCGGCUAGACGAUGAUGCGCGAAUCAGCAGGGGGAAGCUGACGCGGGCGGAAUACGCUUUUCUUCAGAACGCCCCUCCGUGGGUCCAGCUGGACGCGAUCGAUGUGAAGGGUUUGAGUUUGUACAAAAGGCGGCGGUGGGCUGCAGCGCGGAACCUCGAGUGGGACUCCGAUGCUGAGUGUGCCGUAGAGGCCGCCGACGACGACGCGACUCUGGCUGGACACCCCGCCUUUCUUCUUCAGGAGGGCGAGAAUGGGGAGCGUCGACGCAGACGGACGCUCUACACGGGCAUGGUGGUGAAGGAAGACCUGCUAUCGCUGCCCUUUGUCCCUGAACUCAUCGCCAAUUGCAUGUUCACUGUCGAGCGCCUCCAGCCCGAGGAGCAAAUGGUGGCAAAAGUCGCGUCCGUCUUCCCCUGCGCGUUCACCCCUGUUGAGCUCUGUCGUGCGUAUCCCAGGCGAAAGCCCCUGGAGGAGUUCUGCGCUAUCAUCUACCAGCUGAUCAUCAGAGAUGUGUUGGAAGUAUGUGACCCGCCAUCGCUGGAAGACCUCACCUCGCUCGCAGCCUCGAUCGGCGUGGGUGCCGAGGGCAUCGAGACCGACAUGGCCCUCGACGACUCCAAGCUCCGGGUCCCGGGCGCGGCUGCGAGCAACCAGGCUGUGAGGCUCUCCCAGAGCUGUCUCCACAAUCGCUCGAAGCGCCUGUCGUUUCUUCUGAAUGCCGCUUCUUCGUCUGAAGGCUCAGGCGACCCAGGCGAAGGCGCGAAAGCCGGCAACACGCUCUCCCCGUUCUUCCCAGGCGCGGGGACGACCGCGUCGCAGAACAGAGGCAGCAGUGGGUUUUCCAGUGCCUCCCUGCUUCCGCCGGUCGCGCGGGGCGGGGGGACGCCGAGCCCCAGCGACCAGAACUCGUCCUCCCCGGGCAACAGCAAAAUAGUAGGAACCCAUAGCGGAAGCCUGGAACACGUCCCCUUCCCGGGCCUCGCCCCUGGCCACGAACGUCGCCCCUCCGUCAUGAAGGCUGGGGGCCUCGUGACCCCACGGCGCAUUGUCGAGGGCUCCCUCGGAGGUGAACGCGCUCAACCUGACGGCGGUGGAGCCCCGGGAACCGCUGGCGGGCCAAGAGACCCCCAGCCGAGCGGACGUCUCACCAUGGCGAAGGCCGGAACCGUCGUCACCCGGGAGGUGUGGGAAACCGUUCUCAUGAAUGAAGACGGAACAGAUGUCUUCCUCAGAUUCAACAGUAUCGCGCUUCAGAGGGUCGUCUCUGAUCUCCUUUUGACGGACGAGCGAAAGUGGUUGACUCUUGUGUGCAGGCGCAUUAUAGCGCUGCGAUUCACGGAGUCCCCGUCAUCGUCAAAGCCUUCAGAGCCGCGCGCGCCCGCAGACGCCGCGGCGGCCGGGGUGAGAUUAUCCGCGAGGCAGGAAGGCGUCUCAGAAAAAGGUGUCUCUGCUUCUGCGCCCCCAGUUCGUCUUGAAGAGAACCGCAUUGACGAGGGAGCUGAGGAAGAAGCAGAGGCGCGUGACGAAGCCAUCGAGGCUGAUCUUGCUAGAGAGCAAUCGCCUCCACAAUCUCUGUUGGAGACGGCGUUGGCGGCAGAGCGAGAGACACACGAGCAGGCAGUAAAGGCAGAGCAAGCAAUUGCAGCCAAAGAGCAAAAAGACGAGAUCGAGCGGCUUGUCUCCAAGGCGGUUCUCUCUCGAGCCGGAAGCGGGCACCUUGCGGGGCGGAAGUUGUCGCGGAAAGAGACGGCGACUCCAUAUGGUUCCCCGAUUGGCCGGCACUCCAGUGCGUCCUCCAGAGGAGCGAUGAGCUCAGAAGAAUCUGAGCCAGUUAUUCAUGUAGAGGCUGACGAAGAGAGGGGAGGGAACGAACUGUGGAAACGUGUGUCGGAAGAAAGCCAUCUAAGAAGCGUGACGAACGGCCGCCCCAUUGACCCUUCCGCAGACCGCUGAGGACACACACUCGUGCGUGUCGAUAUUUCUUGGGAGCGAAAGGGAUGUUUUUUCAGCGCUCAAACGCAGACUCUUUUGCUGUUCCUUGGUAGCACGCAAGACAGAUUUUCUUUACUUGUAGAUCAACUGUCAGUGGCCGAAGAGCUGGAGUGCGAGAGGCAGCCAGUCCG